UCGCAGUCCAGUCCCAGGAACAAAGCAAACCGUCAUUUCAGAUUUGCAAAUUGUCCUUGAACUCCUCGAUACGUUUUGAGAUCACCACGGACAUCAGGACAUCAUGGAUGCCCCUAUCCAGCUCUCGCUUCCUCUACCGCGGUCCAUGGACACGCGCAUCUACAUUCAAUUGACAGCCAAGUCCAAAGCCGUUGUGCUCUUCCUCACGACUGCUUCGGCCGAAGAGGCUACAGCACCCACUCCAUUGGGGUCAUUUGUUUAUGCACUGCCCGAUAGAUACAACCCUACACAGCCUUUGUCAACUCCUCUUUGUACGGUUGAGCCGACGUUGGAGUUUACCACCCGACUGGCAAAGCUGAUCACAAGGAGGACGCAACUGCCUACCUAUGUGGGCAACUCGGUGAGCUUUGCCAGUGCCGGCCUUGGCGGGACUGUUGAAGAGGAGAUGGAAGCUUUCAAACAGGUAGCCGAGCUUGUCCUGUCCAAACUCGAGUCUGCCAACGCGACGCCCAAUGGAGUCCAGUCCUGAGCCUCCCACGUUGACAAAAGAACCCCUCCCAACUACAAUUUUUCGCUACUGUUGAUGGGCACAAGCUGUUGCACACAAACACCUCGGCCUUUUGGCCAAGGGGAUUCCGGCAGUUUCCUUCUCAACGAGUUUCUGCAAACGCUUAGUUUGAGCUUGCCUAACCUACUCGCCUUUUUUUUUGAACGUGCCACA